AUGGCUGCAGUCUCUCAACGUUUUGCACCACUGCCACUGACCCAGCCACAAACAUCGUGCCGAGCAACUUCUUCCUUUCAAAACAUUGAAAGCCCAAAAGCCUACUCCCUGGAUGACUUCGUCCGUGAUAUCAGAGAACAUUUGGGAGAGUCAGGUGGUAUUGGAUGCGAUGAGGUUGACGAGGACUACCUCAUCUCCCUGGCGCGGAAGUACAUGUCCAAUCCUAAUGACUGGGCACGAUAUUACCACAAUUGUCCCGGCAAGAAUUACACACGCAACGCGAUUGUGAAUAUUAACCAAAAAGCGAAUAUUCUAUUGCUAGUGUGGAACCCAGGAAAAGGAUCACCAAUCCACGACCACGCCAAUGCACACUGUAUCAUGAAGGUUUUGGCGGGAGAGCUCACAGAGACGGUAUACAAGAUGCCUAAAAAGGGUUGCGAAAACAAUCCUUUGUCGAUCAAGAGCAAGACUACACAUCAGGCCGACCAAGUCACAUACAUCUCAGACAGCAUUGGCUUGCAUCGCGUACACAACCCGCAUCCCACACAGGUGGCAGUCUCCCUACAUUUAUAUACUCCACCGAAUGCGGCAGAUAUCGGCUACAAUAUCUUUGACGAGGCAACUGGCCGGGCAAGUUUUGUGCCAAAUGCGCAAGCACACCAGAACAAAUGA